CAGCGUCCUUGGAGUCAGCGAGGACCCUGCCAGCAGGUUUGGGGGCGGGGCCUGGGCCGGUCUCUCAGUCCGUGGUCUCUCAACGAGUCCCGCAACUUUCCUGCCGUCUUCUCAGUUCCCUGUCUACCUUCAGCAUGCCGGGUCCGACCCCCAGUGGCACUAACGUGGGCUCCUCUGGGCGUUCUCCCAGCAAAGCGGUGGCGGCCCGGGCGGCGGGAUCCACUGUCCGGCAGAGGAAAAAUGCCAGCUGUGGAACAAGGAGUGCAGGUCGCACGACUUCAGCAGGCACUGGGGGAAUGUGGCGAUUCUACACAGAAGAUUCACCAGGGCUCAAAGUUGGCCCUGUUCCAGUAUUGGUUAUGAGUCUUCUGUUCAUCGCUUCUGUAUUUAUGUUGCACAUUUGGGGCAAGUACACUCGUUCAUAGAUUCAGCUCCAUCCAUCUGUCAUCUGAAGAAGAAGGAAAAAACCCAACAUAUCUUGGACCAAAAGUAUAGUGAUUUUUCUGUUCAUGAGAAAUAAAUUAUCUGUAAGCUUAUUGUUUUACAGGGAACUUAACAAGAAUUGAUACUGAGGAAUCAUUUUUUUUCUAUGACUAAUAAACUUUGUAAUUCAUUUA